AUGAGCCAAGCGGCCGCGACGGACCCCAAGCCGGCCCCAACCUCUCCUCCGUCCUUCUCCGAAGCCGCAGCAGCAGCGACGACAGGAACCACGACGGGUACAACCAGCGCAGCGGCGUCGCCAGCCCUGCAGCAGCACCAGCAAUACCAAGAUCAGCAACCGGACGAGGCCACGCCACCCACGGACCAGGACGUCCACGAGAUCACCGCACACCUCGCCGCAGCCGCCAAGCACCCGUCCGCCGCUACUACUGUAGCGUCGUUCCCCUCGGCAGCCGGUACAACCGCCGCCACUUCUCCUACAACUCCCUUGUCUGCUAGCAACAAGAAUACCGACCCCAGCGACAGCAACGUCAAUCCUAACCCUGAAGGCGUCCUGAUCCUCGACGACGACGACGAGGUUACGAGCUACUGGGAUGCUGAGGCCAUGGCUCCGCUCAACCCAGUCUCUGCGGCGGCCAUCUCGCGACUGCGCCGAUACGUUCCACCCGCCUUCCCGCUCUGGGACCGACUGCCGGUCAGCCGCCGUGCGGCAGUUCUGAUACUCUUGUACGCGGACCGUAGGGGCGAUUUACGUGUUGUCAUCACGAUGCGCGCGGCGAGCCUGCGAAGCUUUUCGGGGCAUGCGGCCUUCCCUGGCGGAAAGGCGGAUACGUUGCAAGAGACACCGUCAUGUGACAAAAGUGUCGGCAAGGAGAAUGCGCAAGAUGCUGAUGCGUGGACUGCGGCACCAACAGACGAGAUAGCCAGACGAGAAGCGUGGGAGGAAAUUGGCCUACCCAUGGACGAUGCCCGCAUCCCCAAACCCUUCAAGAUUGAGCCCCUCUGUUACCUCCCCUACAACCUCGCCCGUACGGAGCUCGUCGUCCGCCCUUGCGUGGCCUUCCUCCACGCCGACGAGGAGCCUGACGAGAAUCCCAGCCCGCUCGUCGAAGAGCGCAUGAUCCCACGGCUGGACGCUAAGGAGGUCGCCGCCGUCUUCUCGGCGCCAUUUCAGAAUUUCCUGAGGGCCAGGGACCCGGAGCCGCACGGCACGCAGAGGAGGGCGCUGCCGCCAGGUCACUGGUACGACGGCAGCUGGAUCCAGUGGAAGGAGCACCCGUGGCGGGUGCACAACUUUUACGUGCCCGUCGACGACCAGCGCGUCACGACGCCGGGGAAUGCGAUGGAGGCGGACCACCCGCAGAGCAACCUCGCAGAGAAGCUUGAGGAGGACAAGGUGGGGCGGUUCAAGGUCUGGGGUCUUACGGCACACAUGCUGGUGGACGCGGCGCGGAUCGCGUACGGCAAGGAGCCCGAGUUCGAGUGCAACUCACACUUUGGGGACGAGGAGAUCAUCUUGCAGGCGGAGAGGGAAGGGAGCCUGGUCGAGAAGAAGAGGAAGCGGGACGAAUCGACGACGACGACGACGGUCACGGUGGGAGAGGGGGGCGAGGAGGGCAGAGGGGAGGGGGAGAAGUCGGAGCCUGCGAAGAUGUAG